AUAUUUUCAUGUAAACUGUAAAGUGUAAAGACAAAUGAAAAUAUUUAUAUUGUAUUUAUCGUAUUUAUAACGGCUGCUGCCUGAGAGCUGAGUGUCUGCUACUCUUAAUAACAAUUAACAACAAAUAAGAACGUACAACAACGUAUAACAAACACUGUUUGAUUAUAUACUGAAAAACAUUUAUAAUUUCAAUAAAUUAUCAUCAACUAUUAAAUAGUAGUAUUAAAUAUAUGAGUUUUAUACAGUUUCCUAUCUAUAUUGAAACUAAUAUUUUCGGUAUACGAUGGAAAGUGCCAUUGCCAAAAAGUUACCAGCUAUUGUCGAUUUUUUUCGAGAUCAACUUGAAGAACUUGACCUAGUCAAAAUGGGUUCAUAUCCUGGAUCUGAUAAUUUAUUUACAGCACUUGGAUAUAUCAAACCGAAUAAAUUACGUGAAAAAAAUUUAAAGUUAAAAAUUCUUGCGUAUAUAUAUCGGAAUAAACAAUUUAUCAAAUAUGAAAUCGAGCAAGUUCAGAGAAACCCAAAUUAUAUAGUGUCAUUAGAUAAUUAUAAAAUAUUGGAUUAUGACUUUGCCUUACGCUGUGCGUCAUUAAGGGAAUUAGAAGGCAAAAAGGACGAUUUAAUCAUCAAUAAGAUUCACGAAGAGUUAAGAUCUCUUCCGAAUUAUCGUGAGAAGAAUAUCGAUUGCGUGACAAAAUUUUUCAAUGUCCACAAAAAAAAAAUCUUUGAAGAAAUGAGGCAACGCAUGGCCGCUUCACCUCAUGCUUUGGAAGAGCUUUCUAUUGAUGACGAUGAAGCAACAACAUCAACACAUAUACCAUCGUCACCAUCAUCACCGGCAAGACGUAGACCAACAUUAAAACCACUGUUACCAGCACCAACAGCAUCUCCUUCACAUUCACCAGUUUCAACAACACCACUCAUAAGCAGACCACAACCACCUGAAAGCCGUAUAUACAAAGAAGCACGUCGUAAGCUGCAUCCAGUAGCACUUGAAUCAAAAUUCAUGAUGUUUAUGAUAUUUACGUUUUUAAAUUUUAUUACAUCAGUCGGUAACGUCGCUAUAAAAUAG